UCGCGAACGGGCUGUUGUUGUCUCGUCCCAAAGCAAUGCAUAAGUGGUGCUUGCACGUCUAUUCUGCUGUCCUAUAAUUCAGAUCUCUUCACAGCUUCCUCGUCUUCUUUGGCGGUUCUGAGAUAUCUCGUGAAGAGCCGCAUCAUUCUCAAUUCAUCAUGGAGGCGGAGAACAUCCUGCGCGGGAUUGCACCUCUUGUCGGCGAGGUGAUUCCCAUUCGCUCCGUCCAGGAGACUCGCCCAGUUGAAGAUUAUGCGGACGCUUACGUCGCCGAAGUCAACGUCAAGACCGCGUCGAAAGUGAUCAAAGCCCUCGACUCUGCCUUCCCCCGCAAUUCCUCCCAUCCCCUAAGCCAUCUCCGCCGCUUCGCCAAGCACAAUCAAAUCCCCGAGUCCCUCCGUCCCACCUUCCUCAAGGCAGGCUACACCCCCUCGCAAACCAUCUUCGUCCUCAUCCCGUCUCCCCUCCCAGCGCCAGAGGCGCUCCAGACUCUCCUCGCCCCGUUCGUCCCGCCACCCCGCGAACCCGCAGCCCCUCAACUACCCACCGAGCCCUCAAUCCCAUGCGCCCCAGCAGCACCUACCUCCGCCGAACCUACCACAUCCUCGAGCACUACUACCCGCAGCAGCAGCAGCAGCAGCAGCAACAUCACCCUCCACACGAUAACCGUCCCCAUGCAACCCCCGCUCACCCCUCAACAAGCCGACCUCUGGUCCUCCAAGAUGUGGCCCGUGGUCUUCAACCCCGCCGCACCCCGCGCCCUGAUCGCCCCACCCCCGCAGACACUCGCGCGGGUCCGCGAAUCCAUCGCCCCGAAAGCCGGCCACUACCUGGCUCUCGCGCAGGUCGUCGCCGCCGAGGCGGAGCGCAGCGGCCUCGGACGCGGCGUGGGCGCCGUGGUCGUCGACCCGGAACUGGAGCCAGAACCGGCACAAGAACCUGCCGCGACACAAGCCGGGCUCGACUGGACCGGAGCGAUUGUCGCCGUCGCGGGUGAUGGACGCUAUUCCCGUGGCGAGGGGGGCAAGCCGGCGCCGGCGCCUACAGCCGGACCGAACCCCAAGUGCGGGACGUACGAUGCCGACUGCGAGGGGGGCCCCGAGCUGCAUGCGCUGAUGCGGGCGGUGGAGUUGAUUUCCAGCAAGCGGCGGGAGGACAAGCCGGGCAGUCGGCGGCAGCAGAUCCGGCCCGUGCUGUACCAGCUCGAAGAGUAUUUCCUGCAAAAGUCCGACGCGCAGCUUGAUGCUGCGGAGACAACGACGGAAGGAGUGAUGGAAGGCGGUCGAGAGGAGGAGGCGAGCGAGGACGAUGUCGCCGCGCCGCCGGACAAGUAUCAGAAGACCACCGAGACUGAGGCGCAUGCGAUUCACCUCCACCAUCACAAACAGUCUGGGGAAGGAGAAACAGCGGAGGAAGGGUCACGUGGGGCUGGGCCGCGCAUCCGCUCGCGCGCGCAGGGAGGGUAUCUCUGCAACGAUCUGGAUGUGUACCUGUCACAUGAGCCGUGCAUCUGCUGCUGCAUGGGACUGCUGCUCUCGCGCUUCCGGGCGGUGAUCUUCCCCCGACGCGGACGGAUGGUGUCGGGAGGUCUGGCGUCGGAGCCAGUGGUCAAGCCGGUGCCCGUCGAAGCUGAGGCUGAAGCUGAAGCUGGAGGUGAAGCGCCAGAGGCGACCGGUGAAGCCGGUGAACCUGCCUCGAAGCAGGCCCGCGAGUACUACGGACUACAUUGGCGCAAGGAGUUGAACUGGCGGGCGCUGGGGUUCGAGUUUGUCGCGGCCGGUGAUGGUCCCAAUGAUGAGGGCAGCAGUGCUGAGAGCGGCGUCGCUUUCCAUGCGUAGAGUGACCGGUCUGACUCAGGAGAUGUUAAUUUGUAUUGGUAGUCGAUCAUAGAGGCCCCCACUACUAUAUGUGAGUAUCACACUCAUGGGUUGGG